CCCAUUAAACCCUAGCAAGCUCGCCCUCGCCUCCCUCGUUUCGCCUCGCGCGAUGCCGCCGCCGCCCUCUCUCCAACCCUAGCAUCCGCAUCCGCCUCCCCCUCCCCGUCGCGAGCGCCUCCGCCGCCGCUUCCCCCGUCCCCAUCCCCAUCCUCCGUCGCUGUCCCCGUACCCGUCCCCGAGCGCCGCCGCUCCGUCCUUCCCAUCCUGGUCGCGCCACCACCUCCGCCGGCGCGUCGUACGCCUCCCACACCCGUCCCCGAGCGCCGCCGCUCCGUCCUUCCCAUCCGGGUCGCGCCACCACCUCCGCCGGCGCGUCGUACGCCUCCCACAGCUGCCGGACCUUCGCCGGGAGGUCAAGAUCCGCACCGAGCCGCCAUUCCCCGUCGCCUCCGCCACCCGUCCCACGUCGGUUUCUGCGCUGCCGCCAAGAAGGGUCUGGUGGAGAAAGCAUAUAUAGUGGGAAAUUUGCAGAUGAAGCUUGUGCCCUACGCCAUGAUGAUCGUGGUCUCUUGACAACUGCAGAUACUGGCUCCCAAUUCUGUAUUACUUUCAAGCCUAAUUCUCAUCUUGACAGGGUCUUUUAAAUCUCCACUGUUGCCUAAUUCAAAUUGAACAACCCUGCUUGUAGAAAUACAGUUGGCAUUUGGCAAGUGAGCGAGGGUGGAAACUAUAAUUGUAUCCACACAUUGAAAGAUCAUACUACUGAGCUGUUACAGGAUAUCCUGACAUCCACCAUGGCUAACAACACUAGAACUGUCUCUAGCCUCGAUGAGGUCAAUGUUGUCUUGCAAGAGAUGGGCAUCAAUGCGAUUGCCAAAGCCAAUCAAGUUGAAUUUCGUUUGCAUGAGCAAACAUCUCUUCAAAAUGCAAUGAACUUGAAGGCAAAGGUCCGACCUGGAAGGUGUGGCUUCAAAUUGCUUAAUCCUGAACUGUUGGAAUGCAAAUAUAAAGCCAUGCUCAAGGUUCAGGAGACUUUUAAUACAAUGUUGCAGACAUGCAUGGCUGAGUGUGACCUUCAGAUGCAUCCACUUGAAGUCCAGAUUGUGAAUCUGAAUCAACUCUUGCUCUCCACUGAUGCGCAAAUCCCACAUGUUGGACCUCCACGUGAGGAAAGGAAUCGUGGGGUACAACAAAAUAUCUAUCCAAACCCACCGUUUCCUGAGGAUCCAAGUUUUGAGUUUGCUCCUGGAAAUCAAAGAGUACCUUAUCAGACAGCUUUUGCUACAAAUGAAGAGCUGGAUGCAGCUAUUUAUCGUGAUAAGCGUGCUCAGAGGGCCUUCUGGAGGACCAAUCUGCGCCUUUUGGAGAGAAAAAAAUCCGUUCUGGAGAAGAAGAUCGACCUGGAAAAAAGUUUGAGAGCGGAGUUUUGUCAAGUGAUCGAAGAGCAAUCAGAUCUUGGGGUUGGCUACGCGAAUUUCACCAUAUAGAUGCCUGACCAACGCGUCCUUAGGGUGGACAUGCUUCGGUGAAGGGCAGCCAUGACGAAGGCAUUGGUGAACAGAGCAACAGUGCUGAAGUGGAGCCAUGCAGUUGUCUAUUUCUGAUUGGAAUGUAAUGAGCAGUUUGUAAGAUUAAGUGGUAUAUGGAGCCAAAGUUCAGCUAGGCGCUAGGCGGAAUCAGGGCGCUGACCCACUGCCUAGCGCCUAGUUGGUAGUACUUGGCUCUAGGCGGCGCUAGGCGUUUUUCUAGGCGUUUUGGCAAUAUAGCCAUAAAUUAUAUAUAUAUUAUGUAUAUAACUAUAUAUAUAUAUAUGUAUAUAACUACUAUAUAUGAGUCACAGUAAGUAUAAAAAGAGGGGUAGUAGA